CUCAUCCAUUAUCAGAAUGAAAUAACUGUUCAAUCCUUUCUCCUUUUCUCAAGCAGCGACUCUCUGAGCGCCUAAAGUCUUCUACCACUAGCUACACGACCUGCAGGGUACUUUGAACGAACAAAAUGUGCUUUGAUAUGUCUCAGACGGAAAUUUCAAGAGAGUAUGAAGGGGGCUGCAAUUGCGGGCAGUUGAGAUACAGAAUGAAGACCAUGCCAUUGAUAGUCCAGUGUUGUCACUGCACUUGGUGCCAACGAGAGUCGGGAUCUGCUUGUGUCGUCAACGCGCAGAUUGAGACGGAUCAGCUUGCUAUUCUUCGAGGGCAAGCCCACGCCCAGAAAAUCCCUUCUGCAAGCAGCUCCGGCCAAACAGUUUAUAAAUGCAGCGACUGUGCCGUGGCUAUAUUCAGUCAGUAUCAUGAGGCAAAUCCACAUACUCUUCAUGUCCGCGCUAGCACCGUCGAUCGUGUCUUGGUCAAGGGUGUGAACGGUCAUUAUAAUAUGAGCGAGACACGGGGGCUGGACCCUAGUGUUCAUAUAUUCACUGCUACAAAACAAAACUGGUUCAUCAUCCCUCCCAACACUCCAUACUUCACAGAAUUCUACUGCCGAGAGCAGACCUUGAGCGAGCAAUCAUUAGCAAGAUACCGAGCCCUGAAGAAUAAUUGAAAGCGUUUACGUGCCACAUGAUGUAUUAAUCCAUUACCAGCAUCCCAAUCCAUUAUGCCAUGUUGAAACUUAUUCCUAAACCUGCGCACGCGAGUAGAUUCCCAGACGUAGUGGUGAUUUCAACACGCUUCCUUGAC